UUCGACCAAUAGCAGGUUAAAGGCCGCCAUUGGUUUGAUGUUGGUAUCGGUUUUGUUGUUGUUGCUGAUGUCGUUGCUGCUAUUACUGGUAGGUAACAGGUAUGACUGUGGUUGUAAUCGAGGGGAGAAUCUUUGAAAUCGCCGACGCAAUUGCUAGUGACAAGAGGAAGAGCGCGUGCUGCUCAGACGUCGGUGAAUUGGCUCGUAUACGAGCAGUGACCGUCCUCCGUGCCGUCGAGUCGACUUUUCUUCUCUCUUCGCGUCUAGACCAACAGAUCUACUCUGUUUCCAGUCGACGAUUCACAAGCUCAAGAUUUUCCCUUGCCCAGAUUAACACCAGCGGCGCGUAAUAAAAAGCAGUUGUUAUCGCUUCCCCUUAAGGCAGCUGUUCAUGCCAACCCUUGCAAUUCUGGUAGGAUCCAAACGAUGUCCCCCACCAGGCAAUCUCUCGAUGCUCUCCGGCCCCGGGUGACGUCGACAAGGUGCAGCAAUUAAAUAAAUAAGACCUGAGGCGAGGUAGGGGUGGGAUAAAUAAAGAUUAUAGUAAGGAGAUGGAGCCGAGGGUUGGUUUCGGAACGCUCCGAAUCCAAUAAUUGCGCGCUUUUGUGUUGUUUGUUGUUUCUUUCGUUUGUCUGUCUCGUCUUGUUCCUAUCACAAGAAGCUGCAGCGGGAGGAUUCCGCGUCUCUUUUGUAAUGACCUCGCUUCUGCGGGUGGAGGCCGAAAAGAGGAAUUAAUGUAAUGCAGAGCAAAUCUCGGAGCGCCACUUCGGACAAGUCUCGCCGUCUGCUACUGGUGUAGUGUAUAAUAGAAGCUCCACCGGGGAGCCGGAGCAGAACAAGAGGCACGGCUUGCUUGUGGUGGGAAUAGAAUAAGGAAGAAGAGCAGGAAAAAGAAAGAAGAAGGAGAUUGAAGGCUGGGAAAUGAAGAGGUCGUGUGCGU